AUGUCCUGCUACUCCAGCCCCCGCUGCCUGCCCCCCUGCGAGGUGUCCUGCCCGCAGCCCUGUGCCUACAGCACCAGCCUGGGGCCCAGCAUUGCCUCCUGCGGGGACUCCACCGCUGUGGUUUAUGGCCCCCCAGUCUGCAUCAAAUUCCCAGGCCCCUUUGUUGCCAACUGCCCUCAGGAAACCAUCGUGGGGGCAGCGGUGCCCAACCUCAGCAGCCUGGGCGGGGGCAGUGCCUCUAGCUCCUGGGGCACAUCGAGGAUGCUGAGCUCCUCUGGCUCUGGAGGCUACUCCAGCUCUGGAGGCUACUCUGGCUAUGGAGGCUACUCUGGCUAUGGAGGUGGCUCCUGGAGAGGAGGUUCCUGUGCCUCUGGCAUCUCCCCGGGGCUGGGAGGCUGCUACAGGAGGCUGUGCAGCAGCAGCAGCAGCAGCAGUGCUGGAUCUCGCCGAGGCAACUGUGGCUACUUCUAG